AUGUCUGUAUCCGAACAUUAUAAAUCGUUAUCCGAUAGACUCAUAGCAAGCUAUAGUGAGCAGACACUAGAACAGCCACAAACGAAAUAUACUCGAUUCUUAUCAAACUUACUGACUCGAGAUAAACGAUUUUUACAAAAUAUUGCUGGCCAUACCAAUGUGACAUACAGAUACCAAGACCCUAAUGAUAUUGAUAUUGCUUUAGAAACGAUUGAUCUUGAACGUAUAUAUGGAGGGGUUGAAUCUCGAGAGAAAAAAUUAAAGCCAAUAGUUAACCCUGACCUUGCCUACGAAGAUUAUGUUGUAUUAGAAUUACUUGACUAUUUUAAGAAUGAUUUUUUCAAAUGGGUAAAUAAACCAAAGUGUCACAUUUGCUCACAAGAUGGUGAUAAUAUAAUCUCUACUGGAGUUUCUGCACCUCCUAGUCACAAUCCAGAUGAAGUGUCACGAAUUGAAAACUACAGAUGUACUACAUGCAAUGUCAACGUAGACUUUGCUCGGUUGAACAGCCCUACAGCACUCUUGAGAACAAGAAGUGGUAGAUGUGGCGAGUGGGUGAAUUGUUUUAUGCUUUUAUUACAGGCUUUACUUGGUGCAGAUCAGCAAAUUCGGUAUGUAUGGAACUAUGAAGACCAUGUAUGGUGUGAAUAUUACAGUGCAGCUUUAGAACGUUGGGUCCAUUUAGACCCUUGUGAAGGUGCCUUUGAUGAGUCAGCUUUGUAUUGUGAAAAUUGGGGGAAGAGUAUGAGUUGGGUAUUUGGGUUCGGUCUUGGGUACAUGGUAGACUUGAGUGCCAAAUAUAUCACGAAGCCAGAAAAGCAACUCAAUCAACUAGAGAAAGUUUCCAGCAAGAAGGUAGUCUCACGGUUUCUUGAUUGUAGUAAUAUCAGCCUUAUGCGACGCUACUUUUAUGAGCGUUUGGAUGGAGGUAAUAGUUUGUUGAACAAACGAGAUAAUCUCUUGAAAUUAUAUCUGGAUGUGAUAUUGAGAAGAAAUCGUGAAGUUGAGAUUUUAUCAGGGAACCCAUCUCCAACUAAGACUGCAUCUCUGGAUCUACCUGUUGGUAGACAAUCGGGCAGUGCUGAAUGGACUAAAAGCAGAGGAGAAGCGGGCGGAAAAUAG